AUGGGUGACAACAUGGAAGAGGAAAUGCAUGCUCUCGAGAAGAAUGAGACAUGGGACAUCGUUCUGAAGCCUCUUGGUACUCAAGCAGUCACAUGUAAGUGGGUGUAUCGAAUCAAUAGAAAGGUUAAUGGAAGAAUAGAUCGAUACAAUGCUAGAUUGGAUGCUCGAGGAUUCUCGCAGAAACUCACUCGAGACGAAGGAACAUGUCUACCAGAUCCUCGUGUAUAUUGUGCUCUUGAAGGAAGUCUGAUUUAUCUGACUAUAAUAAGGUAUGACAUUGCUUAUGUAGUUGGAGUGGUUUAUUCUACGGGAAAGGUGCAAAGUUUGUCCUGUAAAGAUUUGCAGAUGUUGACUUUGUUGGAGAUUGAGACGAUCGAAGAAGUGCAAUACAAAGCAUCAGCUCACGCAGCACAAGAGUGCAUAUGCAUUCGUAGACUCUUGAAGGAUCUUCAUGUCAAGUGA